GCCACAAAUGCAUUUCAAAAAGCAGCCAGACCUUUUGUCGUGUACUUAGGUCAGAUCUGUAACCAUACAUGCUCAAGUGUAAGUACAGAAUAAAACACUGCAAAAUAGCAGGAUUUAUCUCAUCAGACAGUUCAUCAUUCUGCUGAAAAUAAUAACAAAAUGUGAUUAUAUCUGCCUGGCAGUUUCAAGCUGGUGUUGCUCGGGCUUGUGUGUGCCCUGUGUUGUGCCCGAGACUCAAGUUAGUGUUUCUGAAGGGAUACCUGCGUCAGGAGCCAGUGCUGGGCUCCAUGGGAGCCCGUGUGUGCAGUUGAGUAUUGAAGGGACCUCCGUUUCCUUUAGAUUUGUGUUGCUACAAUUUUCUAAUAGUAAUAGCUAUUGCUCUUAGGCCAAUAUUUGCAUGAACUUUGAGGCAAUGUGGACUUUUGUGCAGAUGCUUGACAUCCAUCAAACAGCCCAUGUAAGGUCAGAAAAAAUUAUUGCUAUAGUAAUGAUGAACCGUUUGCCUCAUGCUGCAGAAUAGCUGCACAGGAAUCCAUUUCAACAGGACGAGUGUGUUUCUAAGCGGUCACUAGGAAGUGAGAUUUUUUUUAUGUUCCUUCCUGAGUCUAACUUGUAGACGUAUUUUAUUAGGAGGAUCAUUAAGGAGGAUCUUUGAGAAGGGAAACUGCUGCUUAAAGACAUAUGUUCAGAAAGGACGGGUAGUUUAGGCAAAUAGACAAAUAGAAUUUGUCUGUUCUACCAACAAUUAAACACUUCUGUAGCAGUGGAGUUGUAUGAAGUGACUGAAUCAAACAGGAGGUCAGAACACUUUUUGUAUUUGAAACCUUGUAAUCUUCUUUAGCUUAGAAGAGCAAAACUUCUAAUAUUCUUGAGAGAUGGCUUUAGAAACAUGUGGAAGCUGUUUGAGCUGUCUGCUGGUCCCUCUUGCGCUUUGGAGCGUUGUUGUUAAUAUCCUUUUAUACUUCCCUAAUGGGAAUGCUUCAUAUGUUGCUAGUUACCAGCAUCCCAACUACGUGUGGUAUUUUGAAGGCAUCUGUUUCUCAGGUGUGAUGAUUCUUCUGUUGGCAGUAAUUCUCAUAGCACUGGAGUGUAAUGCAUUCUAUCGGUGCUGCCGAAGUGAGAGCUGUAACAAAACUUACAGAAGUUUUAUUUCAAUUGUGCUAGCCAUGCUUGGAGUUGCUUUCUCUGGAUACAGUUGCAUCAUUUUUACCUUGGGAUUGAUCCAAGGCCCUUUCUGCAAUUCAUCCAGUGGAUGGGAUUACAUCUUCAAAGAUACUGUUGGAGGAUACCUCACAGAUUACUCUGCUUGGUCUCAAUGUACUGAACCUGCUAAUGCUGUGGAAUGGAGCAUCAUUUUACUCUCUAUUCUGAUUACUCUUAGUGGACUGCAGUUGAUCAUCUGUUUUCUUAAAGUGGCUGCUGAGCUGAAACGUACACUUUGUGGGACCUAUUCUGUUUUUAUUCAGGCUGGGAUUCUCUGAAAAUGACAAAAUGCUGAACCACUGUUUUCCUAAAGAAAAACUGUUUUCUUACCUGUCUAGUUGUCUCUGGCAGUGACUUUUUUUUUUUUUAACCCUCCAGCUUGUUCUGACAGUAGGGAGGUUUGAAUACUGUGGAACUCCUUUUGUAGUAAAACCAUCUUUUUUGAAUAAACUGCUGUAUUUAUAGUACCCUCUUUUUGUUUAGAAAAUGAGAGUAUUUGUUCUGAAGUGACCUGAUUCAAACCUUAGCAUGUCAAGAGAAAUUCUCCCUUGAGAAUUAGUGUGCUGGACAAAGCCAUGGUUUCUACAUGACUGAAUUUUAGUUACAGACAGACCAUGAUGGUUAUGACAGGCAGAAGCUCAUGCUACAUUUUCUGUCCUAGGAGCUUAUUAGCUGUACAAAGCAGUUUCUGAAAGAAAAGGUUAGCAAGUCUAAUCAAGGUAAGGCAUCUAGGCCUAUGAGAACUUAGGAAAUAUAUGAGGAAACCCUGUGAAUACCAAGUGCUAGCUUGUUAUUACUUGUAAAUAUCCUGACUUUGCUGCAGGAGAAGGCUGACUUUCUUGCCAAUAACAUUCAGAAUUUCAGUAAUUUAAUUCUGUUUCAAGACAAUUCUGAGAUUUUGUAUUGAUAAUCCUCUGGCAGAUAUUUUGAAAAAUUGGUUUCUUUCUGCAGAAAUUGAGUAAUGUAUAUUAAAUUUUAAUUUGGUUUAUAUGAAGUUGAAAGAAGUAAUAAAAAGUUACUGAUGUUUAUGAAUGGGUCUACUCUUUUGGAUGACAACUCAAGAUGGCAUGGAUGUUCAGAGACGUGCUAAAAAGGCAUGAUGACAAAAUGGGGAUUCUGCAACAGCACUCUUGUUUUUUUUCCCUAGGCAGAAAUGUCAUUAUAACUACUUAAAUGAUAAUCUCACAUUCUUACAGGUUUAUGAAUAUUGUUUGAGAAGAAGUGCAACCAGCUGUUGCUCCUUCUCAGUAUCCUGGAAAAUCUUGUUGACUUUGUGCCUGUAAACAAUGGAGUUACUCAUUUUGAAAAAGUUUGAAAAAAGGUUUUGGUUCUUUGGGUGAAAACUAGUACAUGUGGAGCACACAUGCAGAGUAGAAAGCCUCUAAAAUUGCAAAAUAGGUGAAGGCUCUAAUUCAUCCAGGAAAUCAAACGGCGUUCUUCUCAGAUUCCAGCUCAGUCGUAGGGAAACUACAAGCUUAUUUUUAGACAUACAGGGUUUAUUGAGGUAGAUUUUCUUAUGCCAGGUAAGAGCAAUGUAAUAGCUGGAAGUUGCUGUUGAAAACACUUAACCCUUUUUCUUACUGUUGUAUCUAUCCUCUCCACUUUCCAGUAACAUCUGUCACUUAUAAUGAGAAAUCUUGAGAGUAUGUGACAGAAGACACAAAGGUUUCAAAGUGUUUUCUGUAGUAAUAUUAUCAGCAGUAGUGACAACCUAACCACUGGCAAAGCUUGGCUGUCCUUACGUCAUGUUUUUAUUGUGAUUAUGCCCUGUGAAUAUACAUUUCUGCUCUGCCAUAGGCUUGUGUCUCCUAUUUUAGUGGCAUAAAACAAAAGAUGUGUGAUGUAGUUCUUGUUGAGUGUAUCGAUUCUGCAACGCUCUUUAUCCAUAAUCCAGAUACUGGCGUUUUCAUUGCCCUGGUCAAAACUAGACUGCGGCUUGACUUCUGAACUUUUAAAUAGGCAGUUUAUUCAUUUGAAGUUGAUGGUGUGAGUACUAAAAGCUAAAAGUGGGUUUUGACACAGAUUUUCUAAAGUUAAGGCAGAGUUAAAUUUGAUCUAAUCACUCAAAGACUCUAUUCAAUCCUAAAUAUACAGUCUCUCAUAAACAGUGCCCAGAAGCAAAACAAACCCAAAACAACAGCAUAGCAAGAUGAUUUCUGUAAGGAACAUUAACUGACUUGAAAUCCAUAUGUACCUGAUGGUGAUGUCUGGGAUGUGACUGGCACUCCAGCUGCAGAAUACAGGCUUCAUCCCAACAAUAGAAGGAAAAUGUGACCUGCCAUGAUGGCAGACAAGAAGCCCUUUUUUGAAAGUUUCCUGAACCUGGAAUGCACGCGCUAUCUGCUCAGAUUUACACAUUAAAUAUCCCAUGGUACUUCUGGAAGAAAGCUGCAGAUUGGAGUUCAUAACUGUCUGUUAGUGAGGAGUUGAUGCUGAAACCUGGAGGUAAGAUUGUCAGCAGUUCUUUGCAGUUCUCAAAUCAAGGCAGAGAAUUGAGGAGCAUCAAAGCCCUAGGACAAAGAAAUGCUCAUAUUUUUACCCUUAAAUAAAUAACAGGGUCUCUAGGACGCUGGUUGUGUGCAUUUUCUUCUCAGUCCAGUGACCUUUGAACACAUUUAAACCAAAUAGCUCACCUAUAUGUGCACAUAUUCCUCAAUACACAGCUAGUGUACAUAACUUUGAAUUUCAGU